GCCUUUUCUGGCGGCUGCUGUCAUUUUGUCUUCGGGUCUGUUAUGGAGAGGAUGACCCAUAAGCGGGAUAUACCCUAAGGAAUCUGAAUCUGAAGAUUCUUUGAACAUCCUCCAGGGAUAGCAUUUGCUAAAAAGAUAGGACGAUAAUCCCCGUUUACUUUUAUAGAGACCCCCACAAAUCCUCGGGGGAUUCGUCAGUAUCAUCAAAUAUUGAUAAGGCUAUCGCGCUGAAAAGCGAAGGUUUUUGGCGCUACCUCCCAGACCAUGGACAUAGGCUAAUGACAAUGAUUUCUGUGCAAGCUGAGUCCACGGCGCUGUCUUUCAUCAUGCUCCUAUUUACAGCAAUUCAAGGCUUUAACAACGAGAAGGACAGAGUAGGCACAUUCAUCGUGUUGAAAGGAGCUGUUCUGAAGAACCACAUGAUCUCCAAGCACAACGCCCACGACAGCAUGGAGUGCGCAAUGUACUGCGCAAGCGUGAGCAACUGUCAAUCAUUUAACUACAAGCAGGGAUCCACUUGUCAGCUGAACAGCAAGAACAUGAUGAAUGCGAACGAGAGUGACAUCGAGGCCGACGCGGACUUUUCCCUUUUUAACAGGGACCCCUGUAUACCUAAUCUCUGUGUUUCUGAUAAAACAACCGGUCAAUGUGUAGCGGUCAACAGCUCGGAUGGUUAUCAAUGCGGCUGUAAGCGAGGAUAUAAAGGAACACAAUGUGAGAUAGAAAAGCUGGGCUGGUUCAUUCACAAGCCUGCGCUUUCAUGCAAGGAAAUUUUGGAUAAAGAGGGACCAGGACCGGACGGGGAGUACUACAUAGACCCAGGUUCUGGAGUAACACUUCCUGUAUUUUGCGACAUGACACACGAAGGAGGUGGUUGGCUGCUGACUAUGAAUUUGACCUACCAAACCGGACGAAAUGGUUUUACUAUCUACCCAACUUAUAGCGGUAUUUCCAAGUUCAGAGAUGGAUACAUGGGUAUCUCUUCGCCUGCUCUUGGCGAACUCCAUUCUCUGAUCAACUUCACACAACUCCGCUUCCAUUGCCAAAAGAAACUCACUCGCACCCUGCACAUCAUCACCACCCAGGACGACAAAGGUACCGCCGUGAUCGACUACUUCACGGCCAAGACCGCUAACUUGCCCACCUCGUGCGGGUCGUUCACCAGGGGCGCUGAUGACAACUCAAUGCUGGCCAUUGGGUGUGGCCAAUGGGGUGCUGGCAAGUGGGGACAUGAGAAUAGGAAGACUGAGGCACUACGGAUGUAUGACUACGCAAUGUAUAUACCUUUAAAAUACCAUUGGAUUGCGAAUGGCGGCUAUUGUGAUGAUACAUCUAGCUCUUCAUCGGAUGGAGAUUUCUGGUUCAUCUAUGUACGUUAGAAAGAGCUUAUAAAGGGGAGCUUUUAAACCGUAGCAGCAUAGAGAAAAAAUAGAGACCUUUUUUAAGAUACGAAGACGACAACAACGAGGAAGGUAAAGGCAGGGGGCAACCAGAAAUUAAAACGGCAGACGUUGAAAUUAUUGUCAAAAGCGUUGUAAUCCUUUUUUCUCAAAUCAUUAGGUGAAAACUUUUAUAGUCUAUCGAGGAUUUUCAUUGUAGAAACAAAUGUUCGAGAACGUUUAUUCGUAUCUGUGUAUAAAGAAAAGGGUUUUUUAAUGAAAAUAGAUUGAAUUAAGCACCAAGAACCAUUGUUCUAGCCGCGCUGCCCCUAAGCGUGUGUCCUCACGUAGCUGUCAAAAUUAACCAAUCACAUGAACUGUGUACAUUGUAAUUUUACUUCAGUUUCUUGUCAAAAUAAACGCGCUACAUAAAAA